AUGAUUAGAAUAAAUUACCUAUUGCAAGCAUCAUUUCUAAUGAAUGAAUUUAACCAGAACAUCUCAAGGGAGUAUAUCAAAACGAUGAGGAAACUUUCGAACAAGUUUUUAAUAAAACACGACAAAAAAUUUAAGAAACUCUUCUGCAAAAAAUGCAACUCAGUCCUCAUCCCAAGUGCUACUUGCAAAGUUUCUGUUAACCCACAAAAUUUGAGUAAGAAAGAAAAAAACAGAAAUGAGGAGGUGAGUACCAAUUUGAAGGGGAAGUUGAGAGAUGAAUUUCUGGUUUCAUACCGGUGUAACUACUGUCAGCAUGACACAAAAUUUGUUUACGAAAAUGGUUUGACCGCUCAGCGCGCGAAUGAAACGGAGGCCGUCUGA